ACUUUACAAAAACUACAACAACAAUUAGGAGAAAUAGCUAGUUUUACACCUACAAGUACACCAUCUUGUUAAUAGUUUGCCAGUUAACAAGUCUUGUUGCGUGCAAUGGUGUUAAUAAGUCCAAGGUUAAUUUAGCGAUGACAUAGUUUCAAAAAAAAAGCCAUAGUUUGUCAAAGUAGGUAAUGAUGAUGAUCUCUUUAAAACGAUUUAUCUUUAUUUAAUUUCUGAAGAAGACCAGCGACAAACUUUAUGCGUCACCACCGUUGCGCAGCUGAUAGAGAUGAUGUUAUAAUACCUACUAAUAAUUAUUACUAUUAAUAAAGCUAUCAGAAGAAGAAAAUAUGCAGGCACAACUAAGAGACACUGCCCCACCUAUACUUAUUGUGAUUAAUUACCAAAAACGAUUUUUACUGUUGUCAUAACUAUUGUUAAUUUAUUUAAUAUGUACUCGUUGUUCUAGAUGCACCAAUUACCACCACGGGUACUGAACAAUUAUAUUAAGUUAAAGCAAACAAAUAAUAAUAAGUACCGCUAUUAUGUAAGGUAUUUUAAAAAUAACCAAUUGCGAUGGGAUGUCAUGGUCGUCUUGGACAAGAUGUCCUACUUUAUGAAAAGGUUUGCAUAUUAAUCGAGAAUGUGUCGCGCCAAAUUAAACGACAAUUUGUUUUUUUCUGUCCAAAUUUUAAACGUUUUCGCCUACUGCUGUAUGCAUGAUGGGUUAUUAAUUGGCCUGCACAACUCAUUAGGAUGGCGCAGCUAUCGGCGGUUCCCUUCCCUUAUUAAUAACUGUUGCCCUCGCCAACAGUUUGCAGUGCAGGUGUCUUUUGCAAUGUGGUCGACCACCGACAUCUUCACACUGACACUGCUGUCGUGGUGUGCAACGACCGACGUUUUGGCCCAUAAAAACGUCACCAGACAAGGCUACACCAGAGGCGACGGUGACGGACAAUGGUCGUCCACGGACACGAGGACACACAGGUGCAAGCCGUGCUCGUGCGGUGUCGGCUAUCCGGGUAUGCGUAUCGUCGGAGGAAGCGAUGCCAGUGACAACCAGUACCCCUGGAUGGUGUCGUUGUGGAACGCUAAGAGAAAAUUCUUCUGUGGCGGUUCGGUCAUUACGGACCAAUAUGUCAUGACGGCGGCACACUGCUUUAGCGAAGAACCCGCGACCAGCUUCCGGGAAAUAUUCGUUAUGAUGGGACAGACGAGACGGCCCGGUCGAUUGGUUCCGGGUCUGUCGCAUACGAUCAAAGCGUCCGUGGUCAAACUGCAUCCGGGUUACAGUCCGACCGGCGCGAGCGGCCACGACAACGAUAUAGCGUUGAUCAAACUCACCAAACCGAUCAAGUUCAACCGCACGUUACAAUCGAUUUGCUUGCCGACGACAAAAAACGAUUACAGCGGCCAGACCGGCAUGGUGGCCGGAUGGGGACAGUUGAGCGAGCUCAGCGGUACGUCUCUCAGUCUAAGACAUACGACCAUACCGAUAUGGAGCAACAGGGAAUGCGCUACCAUUCCGGAAUACGUAAAGCCAGGAUAUACGUCCAACAUGAUAUGUGCUGGUUUCAAAGUCGGAGGAAAAGAUUCUUGUCAGGGCGAUAGCGGAGGACCGUUGAUGGUUUACGAUGCCGAAGAUAAAAUCACCGUGGCCGGUAUCGUAUCUUGGGGUAUCGGCUGUGGCGCGCCCAAACUUCCCGGAGUGUACACCCGAGUGGACAACUACUUAGGAUGGAUUGCGAGAAACACAAAAGACAGUUGCCGUUGUACGAGCUGAUAGUAACAUAAUAUAAGUAAAAAAAACUAUUUCGAUAUACAUACUACGUGUACUAAAAUUUAAAACUCAAGUCGACAAGUAUACAAAAUGUUAUUUUAUAUUUAUAUUAAUUAUUGUGUAUAAAA